AUGCCCAUGCGCUUAAGAGCUGAAAAGCGAAUGAGAAAGUUGCUCAUUGAGCAGUUAAAAGAACGUAAACAGGACGGUGCAAGAAUAGCUCAAGGCUUUAAAACAGAGAAGGAUUUAAUAAAUUUGAACCUAGGACCACAAGUGUUUAUCUUUAAAAAUCUAUUUAGUGGCCAAAUAUUGUACUCACAAGUACCUGCAUAUCAUCAAGAACAAAUUGAUCAACAAUUCAUAAACCCAAAUUGGGAAAAUAGAAAACCUUCAAGAAGACAAGAUUUGUGGAAGAUUAUGUGUGUUGCCAAUUUCGAUAACUAUGAAUAUGCAACCGCAGCAUACAAAGGAUUAUUAGACCUUAGAAGAGUAAGAGAUAUAAAACAGAAAAAGAGUGCAAAUGAAUUAAGAAGAAAAAAUGGAGACGGAAAUAUAUGGUUUUCUGGACAGUAUAGACCAACGUAUUCACAAGAAGCAGUUGCUGAUUUGGCGCACGUAAUUGAUCAAUUUGAUUUGGAAAAUACUCGAUUAUUAUGGGAAAACGAAUGGAGAAGAGGAGAUGACAAAUAUUGGAGGACGGACUUAGUGGAACAUGAAACUUUACCAACUUAUAGUCCUAAACAUCAAACUGUAUUGCUAGAUGUAAUAAGAGCAAAAGCAGUAGAAGCAUUCGCUAAUGAAAGAAAGAGUCAGGAAUCAGGGACCAAUGAAGAAUCUGGGCCUGUGAUAGCGUGA